AUGAAUCUGCUAGACUUAAGUGUCAAGCUGGUGGAAGAGGUCAAUUUAUUUCUACGCCAGGGAAGACAUAGUUUAGAUGUUUUGGAAAUGGAGAAGCUUGUCAACAAGAUCAACGAAGUGCAGCUUCUUGUGAAGGACUCGGAAAGGAACUUCAAGCAGAUUCUCAAGGAAAUCGAAGGAGAACAUGCCAGGUCUGAUUCUGUUGUAAUCGUAACAAAAAACAAAAAGCUUGUCUGCGUCCUAGGAGAAGAGAUAGUUAAGCCAAGAAUAGAAUCCAUUGAUGCGGAAGAUUCCAAGUGCAGCCAUACUCCAUUUUUCUACGAGUUCAAGCCAUUUGGAAGUACAGUGUAUGUAGAGACACUUGAUCAAUUGCUGGAUGUAGACAAGAGAAUCACCCAGGCAGCCAUCGAGGUAUUUGAUCACACUUAUAGGUCCUAUAGAGGAUUUUCAUGUUUAAUUUCGGUGGGAGACACAGAGGGCUGCAUCUACAUAAUAGAUGCGAUAAGAUUCAGGGCAGCCAUUCCUAGACUUGCAUUGCUGAAAUGUGGAGUUCCAAAGAUAGUCCAUUGCGAGCAGUGUGUCCAAAGGCUUCUACAGGACUUUAAACACAUUGGAUGCUUCCGAAAUUAUGAAAUCUCUUCGGAUAUGGUUUUCAUUGAUUGGAGGAUACGCCCGGUGCCAAAGUUUCUUCUUGAAGUUCUGUGUAAAGGAGUUCAAAAGAUAAGAGAGAUGCUAGAAAGAGGUGUCGAGACAAGAACCUAUUGCUCCAAAGAGAUUGAUGAGGUGGAGGAUAUUGCCGUGAGGUACGGAAUCAAGAGUAAUAAUGACAACGACAUUCUUAAGGCUCUCCUAAAGCUUCGGAGAUUUCUUGCAAAGAACAACGAUGAAUCCGUUCACUAUGUCAUGACAGAUGACCAGGUUGUCCGGUUGUUGAGAGUCAAGCCAGACACACAAGAUAAGUUUCUUGGAGAGAUAGGAAGGCUCUCCCCUCUGGCAAGACAGCAUGCUAUGGACUUCUUGCUUGUGUUUAAUGGCAAAAAAGGGAGUUUUCAGUUACAAGAUCUCCUCCCUCCAAGUCAAAAAUGA